AUGCAUUGUGCCGCUCUGAUGUGGGAUCGCUUACAGCGAUACAAACGUAAUGUGGAGCUUGGACGACUCGAUCCAAAUCCAGAACGGGACGAGUCUUUUCGCAACGAAGAACCGGAAAAAGCCUCACUUGUUUUGCGCUUCUCGCUCAAAGAAGAGGAGCUCGGCAACUCUCAGGUUGAGAUGCUUGCCCGACAAUUGCCCGCAGUCUUCAAGGAGGCCGGGGUUCUUGUGCGGCGAAUGGAGUACGUGGAGCUUGAGCGACGAGACGAUGCAGCGAAGGCUUUCCGCGCCGAACCUGGAAGACGGUAUGAUCCAGCGAAAGCUUUCCGUAAGGUCGUUCACCAGGUACAGGAAAACAUUUCCAGCGACAAGAUGGGUCAUGGCGAGCAUGAGAAACAGUCUGCGACACUUGAGCCAAGGAAGCGCAAAAGCUCGUACUCAGACACGCUUCUGGCAGCUAAGAGAAAUGCGAGAGAGAGCUCGCUCACGUCAGAGGAAGCCACCGAUUCAGGCUUGUGCACGCCGCCGAAGAGACAUACAAAGCCGGGGUCUGAGGCUCAUAAGUGCUGA